AUGCUGAGGAUAAAAGUGAAACCUGGACGGAAGAAAGGAACAAAGAUUACAUUUGAAGGAAUGGGAGAUGAAAAACCAGGAUUUCUACCAGCAGACAUCAUCUUCUUGAUUGCAGAGAAACGCCACCCCAUAUUCAAGAGAGAAGAUAAUGACUUGGUAUUGUCAAUAGAGCUUCCAUUAGUAAAGGCCCUCACUGGUUGCACACUCUCUAUUCCUCUGUUGGAUGGGGAGAAGAUGGGUUCAACACUCGAUGAAAUUGUUCACCCUGGAUACCAGAAGAUACUCCCAAGCCAAGGCAUGCCUGAUCCAAAAGAGAUCUGCGACUCAAAUUCCGCAUCAAUUUCCCAACACAAUUGA